AUUUUGUUUAUUUUGUAAAUUAAUUCUUUAAAUCUAUACUCCUAAACUUCCAAAUUAUUUUUGUUUAACAUGAAUAUCCUACCCCAAAGCAAACACUACAAUUUAACGCAUUAUCAGCAGCGUUAUAAUUGGGACUGCGGCUUGUCUUGCAUUUUAAUGAUUUUAUCGACAACGCAACGCGAAGAAUUUCUAAACAAUUUUGAAUCAAUCUGCAAGGACGAAGGAUUUGGCUCCAGCACAUGGACAAUUGAUUUAUGCUACUUACUGCAACGUUAUCAAGUGCGACAUGAAUAUUUUACGCAGACCCUUGGCAUUGAUCCCAAUUACACGCAACAUAUGUACUAUUCCAAAAUUAUUGACAAGGACGAGAAGCGGGUGAUGCGCAAGUUCAAGGAUGCUCGUGCUCAUGGACUGCGCGUGGAGCAGCGCAUUGUUGAUAUGGACGUAAUAGUUAGGCACUUAGCCUUAAAGGGCCCUGUUAUACUCCUAACCAAUGCCUCGCUGUUGACUUGUGAGAUAUGUAAGAGAAAUGCCUUGGAAAAAUUUGGUUGUUUUCAAUUUAAUUGUAUUGCCCAAAAUACACGCUUACCCACGGACCUAAAUAAAAGUUAUGCUGGACAUUAUGUGGUGCUCUGUGGCUAUGAUAUGGAUACACAGAAGCUAUACUAUCAUAAUCCCGAGGUGCACGAUGGACAUAUAUGCCGUUGCUUAACCGAGGCCAUGGAUACUGCACGCAAAGCCUAUGGCACCGAUCAGGAUAUUAUAUUCAUUUAUCAAACGUCCGAUAAUUAGCAUUAGUAGUGGUAGCAGCUGUUUGCCAAUUCGGAGUACCUGCCUAUAAAUUUAUUGUUCUUGUUUGUUGACAUGUGAUAUUACAAUAGGGGAAAUUGUAUCAGGCAGUAGGAGAAGCGAAGCACUACUUAACUCAUGUACCUAAUAUACUAUCUAGCUCUAUAGGCAAAGCUAUAAAACAGUUGUAUAUGGAAUGUGCGUACGGUUAGGCGCUGUAGUUGUAACGCUUAUGUUGCAUUUUAUGCAUUUACUAAAAGUAGUAUUUGUUUAUAAACAUUUGAAACUCAAAAUACUUGUAAUUCGUUCUGUAAC